CUCACUCUCUCUGAAAAAAUGGCAAUGGCGCCGAGCCUCUCUCUCACACCCAAAACCCUAAUACCAACCACCCCACGGCUCUCCCUCUUCGCCCCUCACAUCCAGCCCUCCAUCUCCUCCCUCGGAUUCACCUCCGCCGCCGCGGCUCGCCGUCUGACACGCUCGGUGGUGCCGUCCAAGCUCAGCGUCCGAGCUGUGAGCGACAGCGAGUACUCGUCGAGGAGGAGCAGCAGUAAUGAGCAGAGGGAGACGAUAAUGUUACCGGGCUGUGACUAUAACCACUGGCUUAUAGUCAUGGAGUUCCCCAAAGACCCUGCCCCUACUAGAGACCAAAUGAUUGAGACCUACCUCAACACCCUCGCUACUGUUCUUGGAAGUAUGGAAGAAGCAAAGAAGAAUAUGUAUGCUUUUAGCACCACCACCUACACUGGAUUCCAAUGUACUGUAUUGGAAGAAACAUCUGAAAAAUUUAAAGGGUUGCCUGGUGUUCUCUGGGUGUUGCCAGAUUCGUAUAUAGAUGUUAAAAAUAAGGAUUAUGGAGGUGAUAAGUAUGUUAAUGGAGAGAUAAUUCCCGGUAACUACCCUGUUUACCAACCGAAGAAACGAAGAGAAUCAAAGUUUGAGAGCAGAAGAUAUGAAAGACGAAGAGAUGGGCCUCCUCCAGAACGAACACGGCCAAAACAAGAAGCAACUCCAUCAGAAUCUGCAUCUGGUUGAGUUGUUUAAUUUGGAAGUCCAAUCCGUGAAACUACUAGUUUAUCCAGUUGUCGAACUCAUCCAGGGGUACUCACAGUUGUGCUUAACUUUUUGGUGGAAGUGUUUUUUUUUUGCCUAGCCUGGAUGACAAUGGUGUCCUAUUGGCUUGUAAUUGAGACUAUUAUCUGUGAAAUAUUGAUCUUAGAUUA